GCGUGCCUCUCAUCCCUUCGCCUGGCGGCUCACUCCAGAUGCGACCGGCCUGGGUGAUGACCGAUGCCGGGCUAGAGCAACGGGUCCAUGGCGAGCGCGCUGGUUCAGGAAGCGCCUCGCCGAGCGAUGGGGCACGGGGUCGGCUCGAUCCGUUCCGUUACACAGCACGGCAGGAUGGUCUGUGGCGGCAACACAUGCAUGCGCCCUUUGAAGUUCUAUUGCCAAUCCGAAGUUUGAUUGAGAGUUUAAUCAGCCAUUACUACCAGUCAAUGCGCGGACUGCUGGUUUCAGUUACAAUUGGUCCUGUACAAGACGAAUUCGAGCACAUACUGUUGGGUUUCUUACCUUUCUCCAGAUGUAUUUGUCAGUAUCCAAUGGCUAACAGACAGGUUUUAAUAUCGACCUUCCAGCCGAGAUGUGAUUAUAUUAUCGGAGGGUGUCGAAUUCAGUGGCCAUAUUCUUAUUGCUUCCUUCAGAUCUUGUAUUUUCCAAGAACCUGCCUGUGGUGAGAUCAAUCGCUGAUGGUUUCAGUCUGUGCAUCUUCACGGCUGAGAACAUGAAAAACUGAGCACUCGAGCUACCUUUGAAGGAGAAAGGCUCCGAGCACGGUUAAGCCAAAAUGGCAAUAUCCAGGUGCAGGUUGGGUUAAGAUGAAUACUGAUGGAGCCACUGAUUCAGUGAACGGUCGUGGAGGCGCGGGGAUCAUUAUCCGGGAUGAUCAAGGGGCGUUCUUACGAGCGAAGUGUGCUCAGUAAGUUACUGACCCGCUAUCCAUUGAGUUACUGGCCUGUCGCGACGCGAUGAUAUUAGCACGUGAUAUGGGACGGCUAAGAGUGAUAGUGAAAACAGAUUGUCAGGAGAUUUAGAGUCUGUGGAGUGCACCCCACAAAUCGGUGGGUGUUCAUAUCUUAGGUGAGAUGAAGGAAAUAAGUGGUCUUCUGCAGGGAUUUAAGCUUCAGUACUCAGGUCAUCGGACUAACUUGGCGGCCCACCGACUAGCUAAGGAAGCUUUAGUUAUAGAUAUGUAUGCUGUAAUCUUUGAUGUAAUCCCUGGUUGGUUGACUGUAUUUGUUCAGUCAGACAUGCUUGCGCCUAUUGAAUAAAGUGCCGAGGGCGUUUAGCUUCAAAUUUAUUUUUGUUAAUCACAGGAAUUAGGAGAGUUGGUUAGGAUGUCGUGGCGAGCUC